AUGGUGCGCCUGGCGGCCGAGCUGCUGCUGCUGCUGGGGCUGCUGCUGCUCACGCUGCACAUCACGGUGCUGCGCGGCACCGGGGCCGCCGACCGGCCGGACGCCGUCUCGGGCAACGCCAGCGGGACCCAGCGGCAGAAUAACCUCAAUAUGGAAAGUGACUCUACGUCAGAAAGCAGCUUUCCUUUCUCCAAAGAAGCACCAGGGGAGCACCUGGACCACCAGGCUACACACCAGCCCCUCUCUAGACAGCGAUUCCAACCAGAGGCUGGGCACCCUUCAUUGCAAAGAGAUGGUCCAAGAUCUUUCCUCCUUGAUCUACCAAACUUUCCAGAUCUUUCCAAAGCUGAUAUCAAUGGACAGAAUCCAAAUAUCCAGGUCACCAUAGAGGUGGUGGACGGUCCUGACUCUGAAGCAGAUAAAGAUCAGCAUCCGGAGAAUAAGCCCAGCUGGUCAGUCCCAUCCCCUGACUGGUGGGCCUGGUGGCAGAGGUCCUUGUCCUUGUCAAGGGCCAACAGCGGGGACCAGGACUACAAGUACGACAGUACCUCAGAUGACAGCAACUUCCUCAACCCUCCCCGGGGGUGGGACCGUCCGGCCCCAGGCCACCGGUCUUUUGAAACCAAAGAGCAACCAGAAUAUGAUUCCACCGAUGGGGAGGGCGACUGGAGUCUCUGGUCUGUCUGCAGCGUCACCUGUGGGAAUGGCAACCAGAAGCGGACCAGGUCCUGUGGCUACGCGUGUACUGCCACAGAGUCUCGAACAUGUGAUCGUCCAAACUGCCCAGGAAUUGAAGACACCUUCAGGACAGCGGCCACUGAAGUGAGUCUGCUUGCUGGAAGUGAGGAAUUUAAUGCCACCAAACUGUUUGAAGUUGACACGGACAGCUGUGAGCGAUGGAUGAGCUGCAAGAGCGAGUUCUUGAAGAAGUACAUGCAUAAGGUCCUCAAUGACCUGCCCAGCUGCCCCUGCUCUUACCCCACCGAGGUGGCCUACAGCACCGCGGACAUCUUCGACCGCGUCAAGCGCAAGGACUUCCGCUGGAAGGACGCCAGCGGGCCCAAGGAGAAGCUGGAGAUCUACAAGCCCAGCGCCCGCUACUGCAUCCGCUCCAUGCUGUCCCUGGAGAGCACCACGCUGGCCGCCCAGCACUGCUGCUACGGCGACAACAUGCAGCUCAUCACCAGGGGCAAAGGGGCGGGGACCCCCAACCUCAUCAGCACCGAGUUCUCUGCCGAGCUGCACUACAAGGUGGACGUCCUGCCCUGGAUCCUCUGCAAGGGCGACUGGAGCAGGUACAACGAAGCCCGGCCUCCCAACAACGGGCAAAAGUGCACCGAGAGCCCCUCGGACGAAGAUUACAUCAAGCAGUUCCAGGAGGCCAGGGAGUAUUAG